GCUCUGAACAACAAAUCAACAAUUACCUCGCCGGUUAAUAUCUCUAUCGGAUUUGUGAACAAGUUUUGUUGGAGAAGAUGAGCCAGGAGCAGCCAAGGCGUCCCCAAGGAGCCAACCAGGAUCCAAUCAAAUACGGCGACGUUUUUCAAUGUUCCGGCGAACUCGCUGAGAAGCCGGUGGCUCCUCAAGACGCCGCCAUGAUGCAGAGUGCUGAAACCCGUGUGUUCGGUCAGACGCAGCCUGGAGGAGUGGCCGCCGCCAUGCAAUCUGCCGCCAUGCAAAAUGAACAAGCUGGUCUUGUCGGUCACCGUGACGUCAACGACAUUACCGGCGACCGUGGUGUCACCGAUGAGACUCAAGUCGCCGGAAGACGCAUUGUCACUGAAGCAGUCGGUGGUCAGAUUGUGGGACAGUAUGUUCAACCGACCUCGAAUCAACCGGAUCAAGCGGGGGCGGCCGGAGGAGGGGACUCAGUAAAAUUAACCAUAGGGGAAGCUCUAGAAGCCACGGCUUAUACAGUGGGUGACAAGCCGGUGGAGCCGAGCGAUGCUGCCGCGAUACAAGCGGCAGAGAUGAGGGCGACCGGAAGGAAUGAGAUAAAACCAGGUGGACUGUCAGCGAUGGCGCAGUCGGCGGCGGCUUACAACGCCGGAUGUGAUAGGGAGGAAGACAAGAUCAAGAUGAGUGACAUUAUGUCGGGUGCGACUAAAAGAUUGGCGGCGGACAAGGCGGCGACACGGCAAGAUGCCGAGGGAGUGGCAGGAGCAGAGCAGAGGAACAACCCUAAUGUGGCGACCACUCCGGGAGGUGUGGCGGCUUCUGUGGCCGCCGCCGCAAGGCUCAAGAGAACGUUACAACCAGUAAAAGUAGCUAUGUAG